GACUCAUUGGCAUAGCAUCAGCCAGCCUAGGAACGAGGACAAGCUACGCUGCUGUGCUGAUCUGACGAAGCAGCAACAAGGACCAGAAAAAUAUCAAUUUGAGCCACGUAAAGGGCGCUCAAUCCGCGAUAUGGUUGUCGGAGCAUGGACGCUCCAGAAGACGUGUCGGUCCGGGAACAGCUUUUCCACGACCGAGUCAGAGAGACAAUAAUCCGUGUCCUGCUUUUCAUCGGUCUCUACAUCGUCUCCUAUCUGGUCAUCACCCACUACAAGAGGAACACUGAGUUCACCAUAGAUGACAGCGAAGAUGCAACAGUCAACAAAAUUGCGCUGUGUCUCUGUACGUUCACUCUCUCUGUCUCUAUGGGCACUGUCCUACUCCUACCUCUCUCCAUCUUGUCCAAUGAGGUCCUGCUCUCCUUCCCACAGAGCUACUACAUGCAGUGGCUUAACGGAUCUCUUAUACACGGACUGUGGAAUCUAGUCUUCCUCUUCUCCAACCUCUCCCUGGUCUUCCUCCUGCCCUUUGCCUACUUCUUCACUGAGUCUGAGGGCUUCGCUGGAUCCAAAAAGGGUGUGAUGGCCCGUCUGUAUGAGACAGCAGUAGUCCUCUUCCUCCUGACCCUGCUGGUACUGGGGAUGGUGUGGGUGGCAUCAGCCAUACUUGAUGAUAAUAUGGCCAGUCUUUACGAUCUGUGGGAGUAUUACCUGCCUUAUCUGUACUGCUGCAUUUCCUUGUUCGGAGUCCUGCUGCUGUUGUUAUGCACUCCUCUGGGAUUAUCGCGCAUGUUCAGCAUCACAGGAAGCCUACUGGUCAAACCAAAGCUGCUGGAGGACCUUGACGAGACAAUGAGUUGCGCUGAGUUUGAAGAGGCCUCUUUAUCCAGGAAACUCACUAGUGGGACCUCGUGUUGGAUUAAUGUGAAUGCAGAGGUUCUGAGGAACCGGUUCUUCAACAUUCAGGCCAGGUGGAUUGCUCUGGACAUAUGGAAGAGAGUGUCACCAUGGCAGCGUAACCUAGGAUACCCAUUGGCCAUGCUGUUGCUGUUGGCUCUAACGGUGGUGUGUGUGCUCAUUGUGUGUUACCAUGUGGUGGAGUUGCUGUUUGAUGAGACAGCUAUGCCUCGCGGGAUGGAGGACCCUCUCCUGGGCGCUGCCUCGUUCUCCAUGUUUGGUUCGUUAGGGGCUACAGUACAGGCGGUCCUCAUCUUGUAUCUCAUGAUCUCCUCAGUAGUGGGUUUCUACAGCUCACCACUGUUCACUGGACUACGACCCCGUGCGCAGGACACCACACUGACACAGAUUAUUGGGAACUGUGUGUCUCUAUUGGUGCUCAGCUCAGCUCUGCCCGUAUUCUCUAGGACUCUGGGGAUCACCCGGUUUGAUCUGCUGGGAGACUUUGGUCAGUAUAACUGGCUGGGAAACUUCCACAUCGUCUUCCUGUAUAACGUACUGUUUGCUGGGCUGACCUCUGCCUGUCUGAUCAACACUCUCACAUGGACCGUACAGAGGGAACUCAUCAGAGCAUUCGGGCUGAAUAUACUGCCAUUGACCGUGUCCCGCUCCACCAUCCCACUCAGGCUCCUAUUGGCUAAUGGACUCUCAAAGAUUCAGUGAACUUCAACAAGCCAAUGACCUGGGCUUACCAAAGUGAGCUUGCCAAAGAGCAGUGUCCCCAAAUAUUUAGCUGUAGUAAACUCUCUUUGAAAGAGAGAAGGGGAUUGACCUGUUUGCUGAUGGACGACUGGUGAUCCUGUCACCACUGAGAAGAGGAUGAAACUCUGGACUUGGACCUCAGACAUGAUUAUACUUCAGAGAAUAGGUACAGGACAGGUACUGCACCAAGGGGACCAAUGCAAUUUGUCUCCUCGUCUGUCAGGUUUAUAAUGGAGUAUGUGAGAAAUAAAAUACAUUUUUUGCAAAAAAAGAAGAGGAAGACAAUGGUGAAGGAAGCAAAAUGAACAGAAAGGGAGCAAGAAUUGACAUGUAUAGUGUAUAGAGAUGGUCGUCUUCUAGUCUCAAGGUCUUUCCCAAUACAUGAACCCUUCAUAGACAUCCACGAUGACUUUUGCUAAACUGUCUGCCAUUCUCAAAACAUCUUGAUCCUUGACUGGAAGGAACUCCACAAGAACUUCAGCUCUGUAUACUUCCCUUGAUAUCACUGUCUUUUCCUCUCCUCUCUCUCUCCCUUUUUGCCUAUUGCGCUCUUGCACUUAUUACCUUGUGUAUUAUUCAAAUUAUUUAUUCUGCUGUGUCAUCUUGUGAACAUAAUUUCCCUUCUUUCUGUUGUCCUCUAAUGGAAUGUUUAGGAAAGAAGCUGAUGUAUGGUGUCAAAGAAUAAGAGUAAAUCAGUUAACAUUAAUUAAAGUAAGGGAUGUGUACAGUAACUCUACUUCAGUGCAUAUGGCCAAUUCUACUAUAUUACUAUUUUUAGUAUAUCAUUCUCAUUUACAUAUUUGUAUCACAACCUUAUGUGAUAAGGACAUUUUAUUGUUGGAUUGAAAAGUUGGACAACAGUCUUUUAUGAAGAGAACAGAAACAUACAAUGCUUAGCACCACGGUGCUAAAGGAAAUUUAAAGUACAGACCGGAAACAAUGGCCUGGAACUUAAGACCAAGUUAAACUGUGAUGUGUGUGUUUGAGAAAGGCUAUCUGUGUGUGUGUUUGAGUGUGUGCGUGUGUCCAUGUGUCCGUCAGUGUACAUUCAUUUUUUGCGCAACGUUGUGUACAUGCAUGGACAUUUUUCUCCAAUAUUGUACCAAGUUCAUUUCAUUUUGUAAAUUAAGUUUUUUGUUUUUUAAUGAUGAGUUUGUGGCCAUAGAUUUAUGUUGACCUCAAGUGAAUGUUCAUUUGUUAUUGUCUCACGGGUAAAACACUCCUCAACCUCUCCUGAGGUUGCAGUUGUAAAUGAGAACUUGUUCUCAACUGGCUUACCUGGUUAAAUAAAGGUGAAAUAAAUAAAAUUAAAAUUAAAUCAUACAAAUGUCAAAAUGUGUUGUCAUUUCAAUGCCAGAACAGUAGGCUACUACAUGUUCAAUUGUCUGUAUGUCUUGUAAAACUGUAUGCUUUACUAUGAUGUAUGAUUGUUAGCUAUCUAUAACUGUGAACUCUGGUUAAAAGUAUAUGAAAAUUGUUUAAAACUGUGAAUAUCUAAACUGAAGAGAGUUUUUGUAAGGACUCUUCUAAUGGAACAAUAAAUAUUUUUUUCUGUCUGUUUCUUA